CCAGUAUUUUGAACUGGCUGAGAAGAUGACGAGAGCAGUAACUGCCCGUAGAAGAAGAUACAACGGGGCAUGAAGGGACAACCCUGAUGACUGCCGACAGGUAUUACCGGGGCUGUCUGUCCUCAAAGCAGAGGAAGAGGGAGGAGGGGUUUUUAGUGGGUAUGGCAACAACAUCCGCCCGAGUCCCACAUAACCCAGUGAUGCGGGUCACUGGGCAUGCGUAACAGCAUUUUCCCCUCCUCACGCAAAAAAAAAAAAAAAAAAAAAAAAAAAAAAAAAAAAAAGUAUCGGAGAACCGGGUACGCCUGUUCCUUAUCGUAAUACUCCAAGUAGAUUGGAGUUAUAAUUGUUCAGAUUUUCAAUGAAAUGUAAAUAUAAGACUACGUGGUGUAUCAUCAACUUGUGAUGACUGGCAAGAAGGAGUACAUGCAAUGCGUUACUGCCGUUGAUGGCCACUGGCUAGCCGAAUUGGAUCCUACGCUUUUUAGCGUGAAGGAAACUGGACGAAGCGGACGAGCAAAAAGACGUACAAGACAUUCACAUGAAAUGGAAGGGCAGAUGAAAGAAGCGGAAGAAGAAAUGAAAGCUAGGGCCCGAGAACAACUUGAAGGUGAACAAGCUUCUAUCAGGAAGAAGGAAAUAUUGACGCCAGGUAUCGGAGAACCGGGUACACCUGUCCUUUUUUAAUAUAUGUAUCAUCACAAGAAGCCUAAUUUCUCUGCCGGUACCAGCAACUGCAGCAAGUAGCUUUGAUAAAUAUUUAUUUUCCAUUUCUAUUAAAUUUAUCAAGCUGAUAUCCUCAACAGGUUUGUAUACUAGCCGAGGAGGACCUUCCAUAAAAUAUUCUAAUGUAGAAUCUUUUUUCCAUGUUUGCUUAGCUAAAUUCUCAAAAAAACUAUCCAUAUUUUCGUAAAUGUAUCGAAUC